AUGGUCGACAAACUCACCCGUAUUGCCAUUGUCAACAGCGACAAAUGUCGUCCCCGAAAGUGCAGGCAGGAGUGCAAAAAGUCGUGCCCUGUCGUUCGCAGUGGCAAGCUCUGUAUUGAAGUCGCUCCCGAUUCCCGUCUAGCCUUCAUUUCCGAAUCGCUCUGCAUUGGUUGUGGUAUCUGCCCCAAGAAGUGCCCUUUCGACGCCAUCACAAUUAUCAACCUGCCCACCAACCUCGAAAGUCAGGUCACCCAUCGCUAUGGCCCCAACAGCUUCAAGCUUCACCGUUUGCCCAUGCCUCGCCCUAAUCAGGUGCUUGGUCUUGUUGGAACCAACGGUAUCGGCAAGAGUACCGCUCUGAAAAUUCUCAGCGGCAAGCUCAAGCCUAACCUGGGUCGCUUCGACAACCCUCCUGAUUGGGAGGACGUCAUCAAGCACUUCCGUGGUUCUGAGCUUCAGAACUACUUCACCAAGCUUCUGGAGGAUGACCUGAAGGCUGUCGUCAAGCCCCAGUAUGUCGAUCAGAUUCCCAAGGCCGUCCGUGGCCCUGAGAAGAGCGUCCGCCACCUUAUCGAGAGCCGUGCCUCUCUCAACAACACUGAGGAGGUCGCCAAUGUCCUCGAGCUCAAUCACAUCAUGGACCGUGACAUUACCCUCCUCUCUGGUGGUGAGCUCCAGCGUUUCGCCAUUGGUACCGUGUGUGUCCAGAAUGCCGAUGUCUACAUGUUUGACGAGCCUUCUUCGUAUCUUGAUGUCAAGCAGCGUCUCUCUGCUGCCAGAAUCAUUCGCUCGCUUCUCCGUGACAAUGACUACAUCAUUGUUGUUGAGCACGAUUUGUCCGUUCUUGACUAUCUCUCCGACUUCAUCUGCGUUCUCUACGGUAAGCCCGCCAUCUACGGCGUGGUUACUCUGCCCUCGUCAGUCCGUGAAGGUAUCAACAUCUUCCUCGACGGUCACAUCCCUACUGAGAACUUGCGUUUCCGUGACGAGUCUCUGACUUUCCGCAUUUCCGAGGGUGCCGACGAGUACGCCCUGGAUCGUUCUCGCGCUUUCAAGUACCCCAAGAUGGAGAAGACUCUUGGCAACUUCCGUCUCCGUAUUGACUCUGGUGACUUCACCGACUCUGAGAUCAUUGUCAUGAUGGGAGAGAACGGUACUGGCAAGACUACCUUCUGUCGUCUGCUUGCCGGUGCUCUCAAGCCUGACACCAAGGCUGGCGUUCCCGAGAUGAGAAUCAGCAUGAAGCCCCAGACCAUCACACCCAAGUACGAUGGUACUGUCCGCCAACUCUUUUUCAAGAAGAUCAAGGCCGCGUUCCUGUCUCCUCAGUUCCAGACGGAUGUCGUCAAGCCUCUCAAGCUCGACGACUUCAUUGACCAGGAAGUCAAAAACCUGUCUGGUGGUGAACUGCAGCGUGUGGCCAUUGUUCUGGCUCUUGGUCUCCCUGCUGACAUCUACCUGAUCGACGAGCCCUCUGCCUACCUCGAUUCCGAGCAGCGUAUCAUUGCCUCGCGUGUCAUUAAGCGUUUCAUCAUGCAUAACAAGAAGACCGCCUUUGUCGUCGAGCACGAUUUCAUCAUGGCCACCUACCUCGCUGAUCGUGUCAUUGUCUUUGACGGCAAGCCCGGUAUCGACGCGCACGCAAACACCCCCGAGUCCCUCCUCACCGGUUGCAACACUUUCCUCAAGAAUCUUGACGUCACCUUCCGCCGUGACCCCACCAACUAUCGCCCCCGUAUCAACAAGCUGGACUCUCAGCUGGAUCAGGAGCAGAAGAUGAAUGGCAACUACUUCUUCCUGGAUGACAACGACGAUAAGGUUACUGCUUGA